CCCAAAUUGGUGAUUUGGGUUACGUCUACGGUGUCACUGACGGCGUAAGCAAACGUGGUGAUAUGGCAAGAGGGAGCCCGAGGACUCACCCAGUCAUUAUGGUAGCAAAUCAGUGACGUGGCAAAUAUUCGAUGCCAGCGAGGCCAUCUCGAACGUAUCGAAACCACGAAUCUUCUCCCUUCACGAAUCACAAAAAACCCUACCUGUCGCACUCCCUUGAUCCUUUUUCAUCGAAUCUGUAACUCCUUCAAAGGAGCUUGAAAUCGGCACCAGAGAUCCAUGGAGAGGAUCGUCGGAGAUAAGUACAAGUUAGGUCGCAAAAUUGGAAGCGGAUCAUUCGGUGAAAUCUUUCUCGCUACGCAUGUGGAUACACAUGAAAUUGUUGCUGUAAAAAUGGAAAAUAGGCAAACCAAGCACCCACAAUUGCUUUAUGAAGCCAAGCUAUACAAUUAUCUCCAGGGAAUAGUUGGAAUUGCUAGCAUCCAUUGGUCUGGGGUUGAUGUUGAGGACAAUGUGCUUGUUCUUGACCUUCUUGGGCCUAGUCUUGAGGAUCUAUUUGUUUAUUGUGGAAGAAAAUUCUCAUUGAAAACAGUUUUAAUGUUAGCUGAUCAAAUGCUUACAAGAAUAGAACUGAUGCAUGCUAAAGGAUUUCUGCAUAGAGACUUGAAACCAGAUAAUUUUCUCAUGGGUCUAGGCAGGAAAGCAAAUCAGGUCUAUGUUAUUGACUUUGGACUUGCUAAAAGAUACCGUGAUCCCACCACAAGUUGCCAUAUUCCUUACAAUCUUCCAUGGCAGGGACUAAAAGGUGCAACAAAGAAGCAAAAAUAUGACAAAAUAUGUGAAAAGAAAGUAUCGACUCCUAUUGAGGUUUUAUGCAAGAAUCAUCAUGUGGAGUUUGCCUCUUACUUCCAAUAUUGCAGAUCUUUAACAUUUGAUCAAAGACCUGAUUAUGGAUUCUUGAAGCGCCUUUUUCGUGACUUAUUUACGCGAGAAGGAUUUGAUUUUGAUUACGUAUUCGAUUGGACAAUCUUAAAGCAUCAGCAAUCAGAAAAGAAUAAACCACAGAAUCAUUCAACUAGUCGAGCAGUUCCUGGUGUGAUUAACAGACCAAUGCCAGUUCAUUCAAAUAAGCGCCAAGGGGUAAAUGAUGAUUCCUAUCAAAUUGGAGCAACAGAUCGCAGAAGAUCAAGCAAUAUGAUGAUGACUCGUCCUAAUGAAAAUAUUUCACUCGGGAAACACUUGACCAGUCCUACACCAAAGGCGUCUACCUCAUUCUCAAUGGGUGGCAACUUUGUUAAACCGGAUGAACCAAUUGACCCGACAAAAACGACCCGCGGGUCGACUAGUUGGAUCCGAUCCUUACACCGAUCACUUCACAUGUACCAGAGUUGUUGCGAAUGUGUAUGCCCUAACCCGUAUCAGCUUGUUGUAUAAAAUACAUGUUAAAUGGAUUUUGGUGCAAGAUGGUGGAUUUUGUACAUUUAUGGUUGUGGGUUUGUUGGAAAGCAAUUGUGAUGCGAGAUUUUAAGAAGUAGCAGAAUGCAAGGCAAAGGGUUGGAAGAUUUGGUUAUAUAUCGUUUUAAUUACUCCUACUGCUGAAUCAAUGGAAAGCUUUAAAAUCUGUGUUGAUCAUGAAUGAAAUUCGUUGAAUGAAGCACAAAAAAAAAAAGCGAAUGGUUAUAUCAUAUCAUGAUCAUGAUCAAUGAUCAUAUGGUAAAAUAUGACACAAUAUUGCAGUUGCUUGUGAAGUUGGCUGGCCACGUGUACAAAGUAAAAACACAAGCAGCACAGGUGAAUUUCCUGUCUUUCUUUUUUUACAACCUUUAAAAAUUGUUGUAACCCAUUUUAUAGUCAACUGGUGAAAUUAGGGUUUGAUUUUUUUAUUCGUCUGUAACUAUAAAGUUGAAUAGUGAAGCAAAUCUAGUGAAGCGGUGUAAACAAGCUGAGCCGAGCCGAUCUCGAGCUCGGGAUUUAGCUGGUUUAAUAAAUGAGCCUGGCUUGCUCGAGCCGAGCUUUUAAUGAGCCAAUCCCGAGUAGCUCACAUGUAGUUCAAGCUCGUUUACACCCAUAGAAGCAGGCGACAAGUAGAUAGGUUAGUGAGUUCUGUUGUGACCAAUAUAAAAAAAUAUCAACGUUAUUAACAUCCUAAUAUUUUAAUUUAAUGGUGUUAGGCGUAAAAGCUCAUUCAUAUCCCCUAAAUGAGUGGUAUUCUGAACAAAUAUUUAAAAUAUGAAAUGGGGGCCCAUGCAUUUUGUAACGUGAGUGAGUGGUUAUUCGGUGAUAAAUGUUUGAGAAAGGACCACGCAAUUGCAAAGAAAUUUUGUGAAUAUGUAAUUCGUAACAGUAGGAUUAUGUUUUAAUUAGAAAUAAGAAUGCACUUUUGGUCUCUGAAAAAUAACAAAACAGAUUGUUCCUAGUUUCAGUGGUUUGUGAAAUGGGAAAAUUUAAAAAAUAAAACAUGCAUAGAAAUGACAAAUGUGAAAGAAGUUGAAAGUAAUUUUAUGAAAAUAAAUUCGUUGAAAAAUGUUGUAAAAGAUGUGCAAAUUGAGAAAAAGUAUUUUUCUAAAAAGUAACUAAUAAAAAGAGUUGGAAUGUAAGAGUGGUUCAUUAAUUUAUAUUAAAAUUGUUCAAAACAAGUUUAUAAAAAACAAAGUGUAAAAAAAGAAGUAAAAUAAGUUGCUCUAAGCGCAGAGACUUAAAAAAACAUUACUAAAUUUUUAAAAAACAUAAGUUGAAAAACAAGAUGGGAAAAAUCUAUAAAAACGAGUGAACAAAAUUUAUAAAAACAAUUAAAGAUUAAAAUAUAUAAAAACAAAGUUGAGUGAAAAAGAUACGGGUAGAUUGUAAAAACGAAUUUGUGGACCAAAUGUGUAAAAGAAAAGAGAUAAUGAUUUAAAAAUGUGUUUCGAUUUGUAUAUAUACUUAGUUAGAUUUUUUGUCCGUCUACUUUUAUCCAUUCAACAUAUUUAUAUUGUAUACAUUCAGUGAGUUCUUAUGAUCAUAUUUUUCCAUCAACAAUCAAUAAUGAGGAGUUCAAGAAUGUUGAUACUAAUGGCCGUCUCAGUUUCGUCUGUUUGGUUACUUAGGUCUUGUGGUUUGGUUUAAGCUUUAUGUUUCAAACGUUGUAACUUUUUUAUACGAUCUUAGAUUUUAACGAUUUUUAUAUUCAUACGUUUGUAUUUAAGUUUACUAUAAUUUUCGUUUAGAUUAUCUCUAUUAAAAAACUAAUAUAUUUUUACUUAUGAAUUUUAUAUCCUC